ACAGCCUUUUUUGCGAUAGGAAGAAUCUUUGGAGAGUGAAAUUUCAAGUCGCACUUAACUUCUCUUCGGAUACUAAAAUACUAUUAGGUAAUUAUUUCGAUAACAUGUUAUUAUCAGCUUAUUAAAACUUAUGGGGUUGUGACAUUCAUGAUUAAGUAAUUAUUUUAACUGUUUGUGUCGAUAGUGAUACAAAUCUUCAAUCGCAAGGACUUCAACUGACAGAUGGUGUUGACGUGGCAUAUCACGUCUCACCAGUCACUCAGUGAAACUGAGUCCAGUAAAACUGACCAAUUUUGCUGUACUUCAAGUGAAUUAUGUUUUCAGAAGUCUAUAUUAAUCUAAAAUUUAGUAGGGUCUUUCAGUGGCUACAAUCACCAAAGAUAGUAUAGAAAUUAAAUCAAAAUCUCAUUGAAAGUAAUGGAUCAUCAAGUCAUCAUGUCAAUACUCAGUCAUUACUGAACUGAUUACAAUUAUUACUUGACCAUGGCCAUGGUGGCUCAGUUUACAUUUUUAUUAUCUCAUGUUCUCAACAAUAAUUAUUUUUGCAAGGAAAGAAAAAAACAAAUAUUACUAGAAAAAGCAAAAGCAGCUUAGCAACAACAACAAAAUUUAAUAAGGCUGUUAGUAGUAAUAGUAAUAGGCUAUUUAGAUCAUAAAAUGAAUUUGAUUAUUGAUAUUGUGUAAAUAGCCUUCAAUAUAAUAAAUAUUCAAAUAGGUACUUCGCCGAAGCAAGGGAGACUCCUAGAAAAUUUGUAUCUGAAAUGGGCGUCAGCGCAAUGGAAUCCGAGUUUUUAAUUUUUUUUGUACAUGUAAUAAUGUAAUUUGAAUAAAUCAGGAGUUCUUUGGCCCAUAAUUAAAGUCUGACUCCGCUCAUUCACAUUAGGAGACACGUUGACCUACAUUCCCAUUGAGUUUUUUUGUUCUUUAUAUCAACUUUAAGUGAUGAAAAUUGUAUGUCUUAAAAAAUUCGGUCUAAAUAUUCAAAGUAGGUCUUACAUAUUAAAAGUAGGCCUGCAUAAUUUAUUGAAGUACAUUGACAUGUGUGCAAAAUUUCAUUGGGAUAGCUCAUUAAACAUUUUCACAAUUCUUCUCAACGUUGACCUCAUUAUUCAAAGGUCGCACAGGCCAUUUUGGAUUAGUGAUCACGCCCUCUUUUAAAUGGCGGAAGACGCCGAUACUUAGCUUUUGAAAUAUUCAAUAUUAUUACCACUAUAUACAUCAAAAUAUUUGAUAACUUGUGUUCCAGAAUACAUUUUGAAGACAUUUAAACUGGAAUGUUUUAAUUUGAGCUUUAAAAGCCCGGCAGAGUCCAUUUAUAAUUAACUAUCAGAAUUCUCUGUGUGCAAAACGUCCUGAUGGGCAACCAUUCACAGCCACUUACCACUUGCAUAAUGGCUAUACAGAGUUUCAUUCAUGAGAGUUUGCCGUGUGCAAAAACUAUUAAACCAUUGGUCAGGGAAAGCUUUAAUUAAUAAGUCUUGUGCCAAAGUUGAAAGUUCAAGUUCAAAAUAAGUAGAUCCCUAACAGUAUUUUAGGAAAUGCGUUGCCUUGUAUUGACUAGAUCUAUAUAGUAUUUACCGGCGUAAUGAACGCUGUAGAUUUGGUAAAUGGAAAAGCCAUAUAUUAAUACAUUAUAAUAACUUUACUGAAAUACAUAGUGCAUAGUUAGAUAAACUAAAAUUUAUAUAUAAUUGUUUAACAUUAUUAAAAUUAUUUUUUUAAAAACAUUAGUUCUGAAAAUAAAAGUUGUUCAAAAUUAUCAUUAAAACGAGAGUUAUAUAGCUCGUGACGCGAACAGCAGAAUUGGGUCACCGAAUGUGGAGAUGCGGUCCAUGAUAAAAAAAGGACAAACUAAGUCGUACUUUAUUAUUUCAUAACUUUAAAACUACAACAGCUAAAAAUAUAAUUUUUGUGUGAUAAUUCUGUAAACUAUUAGCUCUAUUCAGCUUUGCCAUUCGUUUAUUUUUACAAAAUUGAAAAUUUUUUUUUUACCAAAGUACCAAAAUAUUGAUUCAAGAUAUAAUUUUUUUUUUAAAUAUGAGAAUAUACCCAGGGUAGAGAAAAACCUGAAAGACAACACACAAAAAAGUGGGCAGAAGUGACGUUUCGGCAACUACACAUCUAUACAGUGGCGUAGCGAGGGUGCUUGGCGCCCGGGGACAAGAUCCAUUUUUAGCGCCCCUUUUUCUUUUUUUCAACUCUCAAACCCAUUAUUUUCAUCCAUAAAAUAAUAUCAAAGCACAUUUUGGCGCCCCUAACUAGCUGGCGCCCGGGGACAUCUGUCCCCACCCCCUGCCCCCACCACGCUACGCCUCUGUAUCUAUACAAGCUAAGUGCUUGUCUGUAUUUUUGCUAAUGCUUCUUUGGGCAAUCCUCUGAAGUCCUGUCCCAAAUUAUUUUGUAUGAAAAAAAUUACAAUUCACAGUGCCUAUUGUUAGGAUACAGCAGAAAUGUUAGUCAUAGCUUUUGCAAGUAACAGUCACUUUACAAACCUAUCAGUAAAUACUGAAUGUUGUAAUUGGCAUAUAGCAUUUGCAAAUAACAGUAGAAAACGUUCUGCUUGUGACUGUUGCGCCACUGAAAGGCCCCCAAGUAGCUGGCAAACAGACUGGGACUAGUGCCACUCUGAUAGCAGAGUUUGUGUUUCGCUUGCAGACAAAGUCCUUCUAUAGUUUCUGUGUGAAGGUCCUAGUCUACUGAAUCAACAAAUUCACGCGCGUGCACAAUGACAGCAUGAGCAUAAAUCCUGUUGUUGAAUUGAGCGACAUUUUGAUAUCCUCCCCAAGCGUCCAUGAUGAUAGUUGUCCCUGGUAACACAUAAUUAGUGAUAAUGCGCUCCCAGUGUUUGUGCGUCUCGACGGCCAACAUCCUCCAUCCAACAUCAUCCACCACCAGGCUUAACCAAGCCGACAACCCACUUAUUAACACGUCCACGGUGAUAUUUUCAGUAGAAACAGAAACUCAUCGAUCUCAACAAAAACAGACUGGCCACUUGCACCGAAGCCCCUCAGCAGUUGAUUGGUUCUCAGCAUCCAUUGACAGCAUUCCUGACGAAGAUAGCUGUUAUAGUUGACAGUAGUGUAGCUGUUAUAGUUGAUAGUAGUGUCGCAGCUAACCAGACUCUCGAACAACAUAACGUGUUAACACGACUUCGUAAGCCAAAUAAUACAUGAUCAUAACUAUUUUUUUAUUUGUUAGAAUGCAGUUGGCAAAGAAUGUCCCGGUUCUAACACUACUGCAGGUGUUGAAUGGGCGAAAACGCCACGAAAAACCGUCAUUGCAUUCUGCACAAGCGCCUAACGUCAUUGGGCUCCUGCGUGUUCCACAAUUGUUAUUUCUGAUCAAGCGGUGUUGGGCCAACCACUCCAACCAUUCACGUUUGUUUGACAUUACAGCAUACAACUCACACGGAGUUACUUCAAUUCCGCCCAGUUGGGCUGCUGGCAAAAUAACCGAACUAAUGCUUAUCUGUGCGGCUGGCCUACCUGCUAUAAUUUAACAAAUUUAUUGUAUUAUACGCAAACAUGAAUUUCAAAACAAACGAUGCCUUAGACUUUUAAGUAAGGAGUAAUCAUUGGAAAUAAUUUUGGGACCGGACUUCGGAGUAUUGCCCUUCUCUGUCUUUAUUCAGGUUUUCCUCUACCCUGUGUACAUUUCUUAUUGCUUCAACCUAAAUGCAGCCCUCCUCAUAUUUAUCAAAAAGUUAUGACAUUGUGACAUAGAAUAAGGCUAACAACAUUUGUUAACCCUCUUGAAGCGGCUGGCCAAUAUGGCAAAAAAAAAAAAGGCAGAUCCAUCAGCCCAUCAAUGAAUGAGAUAUCUGUAUUCUGAUUUGCAUAAUUUAUGCAUGAACAUUUUUUUAAACUUGGAAUAAACACGUCCUACUUGCAGAACUUUGCUUAUGCCUUUUGGCAAAUUUAAAGGUCACAUAUUUUUAAAGAAUUUUUAUGGGUCACUAGGCUCACAAAAAAUUGAUAUAAAAUGACAGAACACUGUUAACUAUCAUUGGAAGCCGCCAUCAAAAUAUCAAGAUGAGCAAGAAAUGCAAGAUGCAAUCUGAUUAGCUGGUAUGAAGACCAGCCAGCCAAUCUCGAGGAUAAUUAUUUAACAUCAUUUUGUAAAAUGCAAGUUAUGGUUUGGAGUACAUACCUUAAUACCUUAAGUGACUACAUAUAGAGUCUUAAAACCUACUUAUAUUUGCUUAUUUUCUUCUUACAUGUUAAAAUAACAUUAUAUAUCCUGCACAUUUUAUAUUCUCUUAUUUGUGCUACACCAUUAAUAACAACUUAUUAAUAAACAAAAUUUAAUUUACUGAGUUGUAAGUUGCUGUAGUAAGCACAGGAAUUACCUCUUCCACAACAAUAGCUGACUUACUGGGCUAAUUUGAGAAGUGGCUCAUGGCCCGCAUGCAGCUCGUUGAUCUAUCUCAUGUAGCUCUUUUAUUAUACUAAUUAUUAGAUAAAAUUUAAUAUUUGGCUCUUUGUCAUGAAAAGGUUCCCGAUACUGGCUUAGGGUAUCUAAUGUUUUAAAAUUAUUUUCAGUCAUGGAUCAGGUAAUGCAAUUUGUUGAACCUGCCAAAACUUUUGCUAAGGAUUCUAUAAGACUGGUCAAAAAAUGCACCAAGCCAGAUAGAAAAGGUGAGUAAAUGAAGUAAUUUUGGUUGCACCAUAAUGAAUUAUUAAUAUGGUCCUGCUGCUUUUCCUACUGGUUAUCUGAUCCUUUUUGGUAAGAAACUAGAGGUUCAUUGUGCCAAGGCUUAAAAUAUUAACACAUUUUAAAGACAAUACUUGAUAGCACCAAAUGAUUAACUAUUUUUCAAGUUUCAGCUAAGAUAUUAUUCCUGAAUAAAAGUUGUUCAUUCUUGUAUUAAGAUUGAAAAUAUUCACCGUGUACCCAAAUUGUCCCAAAGGUUACUGGUAGACAGGCAAAGUAAAGUAAAAGUAAAAGGCUUGCAUGUUGUGCAUGGAAUAAAAAUAUGUUGACUUGCGAAUAAAUGCUUGGAUUAGAAUAUCUGUAAAUAAUUUCAAUAUUCUAUUUAAUUUAAACAAUCCAAUUAUGGUACUUAGAAUCACAUGAAGGAGACUGUAGAUAAAUAAUUAAGUACUGGUUCCGGUAUCUUUAGUUUAAUGUUUGAAUUUAAGUAUAAGUUUAAGUAAUUGUUAAAUUCUACUGUUCACUUUAAACCUUUUUGUGUUUUCUUGUCUAAACAGAGUUUCAAAAGAUAGCAAUGGCCACAGCUAUUGGUUUUGCCAUUAUGGGAUUUAUUGGAUUCUUUGUCAAGCUGAUCCACAUUCCAAUCAAUAACAUUAUUGUGUAAGUUUUUAAGUAUCUAAGUUUACAUUGGCAGAUGUUAAAAAGAUCAUUGUUGUUUAAUAUUUCUUAGGCUUGCAAUGACUUGCAGCACUGACAAUGAUUGCUGAGUCAGGUUUACUUUUAUGGGGUGGUAUAAAAAAAAAUUAAAAGAUUAGUGCUAAGAAAAAAUGUCAGGAUCAAUUUGUUUAAAUUUGUCUCCUUGGGAGUGUAAACGGUGAUCCCUUUUCUUGAAGGCUAUUCAACACUGCUUGCAAUAUUGUUUGGUUUUCUUUUAAGAUUGUCAAAAGUCUGACUCUUUUUAACUUCAAAUUAAUUUUUUGAAAACUGCUGUUUUGGAUCUGGAACCUACUUGUACAAUUGUAAACCUUAAUUUCAUCACCUGUAAAGAUCCUAGAGUGAGUGUUUAGUCAUUGGCGCUCUCAUAAAGUGAUAAAGCUCAAGGCACACAUCACACUGCAGGUUCCCAGCUGUGUGUUGAAGCCGGUUUGGUUAUAUUUAUAAAUCUUUAAUAUUCUACAGAUCCGGUUAUUAAAUGAAUAAAUGUCAAAAUACCCGCAAAAACAAUUUUUUAAAAAUCCAAAGGUGAAGAGAUGGGACAUUUUAUUGAGAAGCACUCCUCAUUUACAAUCACAAAUCAUCCUCUACCUCAACUCUUCCCACCUCAUUUCAAGUAGGUAACUCCGACAUACAGUUUACACCCUCUGCUAGGAAUCUUGGUUAUAUUCUUUCUAACAACAUGUCUCUCGAUAAACAUAUCUCUCACAUUUGUCGUUCGGCAUACACCGCCAUCCGUCAGAUCAGCUCCAUCCGCCACUACCUGACAGUUAGCGCAACAAAAACUCUAGUCUGUGCUCUUGUUCUCUCUCGUCUUGACUAUUGCAACUCACUUCUGUCAGGUUCACCCAAACAUUUUAUAGAAAAACUGCAGAAAGUUCAAAACUCUGCUGCUAGGCUUGUUCUUAAGGCAAAAAAACGCGAUCACGUCACUCCACUACUCCACUCACUACAUUGGCUCCCUAUACAGGCACGCAUUGACUACAAGCUGUCUCUUCUCUGUCACAACUUUUUCUCGGAUUCCUGCCCUUCCUAUCUAACUGAACUUCUUUCUGUCUAUUCACCCCUUCGACAACUUCGCUCCUCCGCAGACUCGCGUAUUCUGUCCGUUCCCAAGACACGCACUAAAUUAUAUGGUGAACGAUCUUUCUCUUUCUGCGCCCCCAAACAAUGGAAUUCUUUGCCACUACACAUCCGCAAUAUAACAACCACACAGGCCUUCAAAACUGCACUCAAAACACAUCUAUUUAAACUAUACUACUCUGACUGAUUCUCCUCCUAUAAACCGAUAAACGUACAUGGGUUUCCUUGUAAAAAUGUCUGGUGUGGGUGGAUGAAUAUACCUCUGGUGUUGUUUUGCUUAUAUGUUGUUUUAUUUCAUUUAUGUAUUUUAUUUUAAUAUUAUGAUUAUGCCUCUUUGCUAUAUAUGUACAGCGCGGUGAGCCCAGCCCUAGGCCGGGGUACCGCGCUAUAUAAGACCACUUAUUAUUAUUAUUAUUAUUAUUAUUGAUUAAAUAAUUUAUAAACUUAAACUUGUCAAUCUGUAAGUAUUACGACCAUAUUAAGUGCUAACAAAAGCAUUGGAUUCACUUCAGUUUUUAAUUCUACUCUCAGUUUCAGGCUGUGUCAGUGUUAGACAAAACUGUUACAAAAAUAGAUAAAUUCAACAUGUAAAAGCACCCAAUUCAAUUUUGAACAUAGCUUCACACUGCAGGUCGAUCCCGGUUUCCACAAAGGGAGAUUAUAACUCUCCACAAAAACAUUGAUGUUUCUCCUUUAACAGACAAGUAACAUAACCGGAAUCGGUUGGUGCUUGAUUUGCAGCACAUGGUUGCAGAUGCCAUGAUCUAGUGAUAAGAGAAACAAAUUGUGUCGCUGAACAUUCUAAUGCCACCUAUCUUAACAUUACAAGCAAUCUGUUACAUCAGUUUUGUGUAACACAUUAUUAUUAAUGAAUCAUUUUGGUUACCAUAUUAACAUAGCAUUAAACCAUGUAAAUCACAACACAUGUACCUUAUUAAUCUUGUGUAACAAAAAUCUCUUCUUUUUUUUUUUUGCAGGGGAUCCUAAGUGUUAUUACAGUGACCUCUGGAUGGUGUGUUGUAUGAAUUGGUAGAAUGAAUGGUUUGGAGAGUAUCUUCAUUAUAUAUUAUAUUAUGCAUUAUUUUAUGGUCAAUAAACAAUGGUAAAUGAAGCAGUGUGGCUAAAAUUUUGACAUGUUUUCAAUACUUAAACUACCGGAUAUUAGAAAUGCACCAAUUAGAUACCAGUCCCUGAUGAAAUGUCAUUUGAUUAUUGAUUAUAAUUUUAAAAUUUUUUGUUCAGAUCACUGAUAUGGAAUUUAUUUUGUAAUUAAUUAAAGUUUAAAGUAUUUUAUUCAAAAUUGUUCACAAUUUUUUGAGAGCAGAUAAUGACAGAGUCAAGCUGAUUUUACUGUAGUUCUACUAUAUUUUAUACCAGGUACCAUUACCGGUAUUUAAUUUUAAUUAAUAUUGCAGUACAAAAUGGGAUUCUAAAUAACUUAUAGUACCAGGUAUUAUUUUUUUUUAAAUGUCUCAAUUAUUUUAAUUCUGAAAUAUUAAUACAAUCCCAAUGAAGUUCUGAAAAGGGUCUCAAACUCAAUUAAUUGAUAAUUGAUGGUAAGAAAAGCCUCUUAAGAAAGAAAUAUUAACCUAUGUGAGGUUGUUGUGAUAGUGAAACAGCCUGUCAGUCUCCCUUCAAAAUGCAUCUUUUGUCACUUAUCAGUAUCAGGCAGGGAGUACGAGUUUAUGGAAGAAACUGUUGAUAGAAAAUUGCUUAUCAAUACGGGUACUUACUCUUUAUUAAAUCUGAGGAUUUGAAAAAUGUAUUUCUGCGCACUUGGUUUUUACAUGUUGAACUUUUAAUGCUAUGUUUUCCACAUGUCAGAUACAAAAAUUAAUCAAUGCGAUAUCUGAACUAGCCCUCAAAUUCAAAUGAUGGUGUAAAAAAAUUUGAAUGAAAAAAAAAAGUUAAAUUUUUACACUACUUACCGGUAUACAUAAACGCACCUGGCAGCAUUAACAUUCCUCAAGUACCCUGUACAUUUAAAAUUACUAGUUGGGUAAGCUACAACAAAUUGUUAAACCUGCAGUUUAAUUAUCAAAUUACUGUUAUGACAUUUGAAUUAUUAGUAAGCUAAUUUUAACUGGAUCUGAACAAUUAAAAUUGUUAUCUCAAAUCUGUUAAGUUUUUAUAUAUUUAUUUUUAUUUAUUAAAAUUUUAAUGUACCUAAUGUACCAGUAUAGAAAAUGGAGUAAAGUCAAAACCUGCUCCCAAUCCAUAUUGCAAAGAACCUAUGCAUAUUGUUAAAUUUCAAUUCUCUUAAAAUAUACUGCAAUCUUCUUCUUCUUUAUUUUGAGGACCCACAAUCAAUGAAUUUAUCAUUCUGGCUCCUAUGAUCUGUCAUAUUUGAAUUAUUGACAGUUUAGGGGAGUGGGGGGUGAGUUAUUUUAUAUCAUGAAUUGCAGGUGAAAAACAGAUUAAAAUUUUAAUUAACUCAGCUAAUCAUGUUUUGAUGUAGUUACAUUUACAUGCAAUGUUCCCUUUAAGCUGCGCGGCUGCCCAGUAAUCUCAGAUGCCGUGCAGCAGUUUUGAGCACAC